AUGAGGUUAGACUGUUUUGGGAGCAUCCUGAGCCGCAAUGAUGCCCAGACCUUGAUAUCGAGCCCAGAUGAUAUGCUCACAAAGUUUGACGAACUCGCAUCGCUUUGCGAUCUUGACGGUUAUGGAGGGUCUAUUCCCAACAGCCAUGACCGAGAGCUGUACUUCUCCCGUCUAGAGAACGCGCUGAAGGCAAAAUGUCUCGAGGAAGUCCGUGAUAGCAUCACUGCUCCUCCAGAGCUUCGCAUUCUUGCCGAGUACGUGGGCGCAUUGACCGGACCCGGAAUGGGGGAGACCAAGUGGACGUAUCAGGCCAUAUUCUGGACCGGGGCAAGCCCUCAGACGGAGAAGUUGAGCCGUGGGCCUGGCGGUACAUUGCUUAUGGCCCGGAGGAUGACAAAACCUUUGAUACGAUCCCGGAGUUGCUUGAGUGGUAUAGUCGAUAUCGGGAAAGAGAGGUGCCUGAUAUUGAUGACUUAA